AUAAGGUAAUAUUGUUAGAAGAACGGGACCAUUAAAAGCUGUUAGCUUGCAAAUCGGACAAUCGGAAUACCGGAAAGUAAGGGAACGCAGGGCUAUUUGAGGGCGUUCCUAUCCGAUCUGCCCAGCCAACUCAUCAUGGAGAGCCCGGUCCGCAAAAGGGCGGCAAAGCGAUCGCGAUCGCGAUCAUCGGAUGGCGACGCCAAUAACAAUCUCACGCAGCGGAAAGUGUUCGUGAACCAGAAAAUGAGCGACUCCCGCGAUCCCCAAAAAAUGAAGGCGGUUCACGAGAAGACGACCAAAAUGCUUUUCGAUGGCGCAGCCGGCAGUGGGCAAGGUCAGGGGCAGAAUCCCCUGAAUCCGUUGAAUCCACUGGGAGCGGGUCAGGAGGAGCCCGAGCUGUGCGAACAGUACCAGCUGAUGGGCGAUGGAACCAUCAUUCUGCGCAACUUGCGCACCGACUUGGCCAAUCCGCGCCUGGAGUGCCACAAGUCCCGCUGCUGCCAGCGCCAAACGCUCGUCCACGACAUUUGCGUCAACUGCAUGAUGGAUCUCUGCGAGGAGUGUGGCUACUCCUGCGGCGAGUGCUCCAAGUUCAUAUGCCGCAGCUGCGUGACUUUGUUUGGCAAUCGAGAUGACGAGGGCGAGGAUCCGCUCUGCGAGCGCUGCCAGAUGUUCUUCACCUAGGAUUUCCAAGGACUUCUCUGCCUGCACGGAGGCGAGGCGUCCAGCCAUUUUCACACAGUCAAGCACAGAGGAACAUGAAUCCGUGGUGCUCAUUCAAUUUUAAGUUCUGAAGCAGUACAAAUUCGGCACUACUCAAGGCACAUAGGGCACUCAUUUUUAUAUUUUUUGGAAGCGUUGGAAUCUAACAAAAAUAUAAAAGAGAAAAUCUAA